GGUGGGGACUAUUAUACAAUUCAUGUACAACAAUUGUAUUGUCAACAUUCGUUACAGUGUUCCCGCCAAAUCACUAGCACACAUUGUCUGGUAGUGGCACAGAAUAGAAAAGCAAAGAAAUGUGCAAAUGUUGUCCUCACAUUUUUUACCAAUCCCGAAGUCGCAAAAAGCAUGAAUCUGGAGAAAAACGUCAACAACGUGGUUGAAAUUCCGCACAUCGGGAUGGCUAACAUACAAACGCCCGGUACGGUUUGAAUGGCGCCCAGUCGGAGUCAAGUACCGGUUGUGAGAGGGUUUAAAGUAUUUCUUGUUUUAAAGACCCAUUAGUGAACCCUUUUGUACUGUUGGUCGGCGCACGGGUUAGCGUUAUUUGAGCUGUGUACCGGCACAGGUCAAUGACGCCACCGGCGAGCGAGGGGAUUUCUACCGUGUUUCCUCCUGAAACGGGCGGACAGUUUUGUGGUCAAAGGAGUUCACGUGAAGUCAGUAUGGCGGCUGCUUCGACAUCCGGGGCCGGUCGUUCCCGGGGUUCUGGGGUGAUCCUCGUCCUCAGGGUUCUCUGCGUACUGACUGUGAUCGUCUGUUAUUUCUGUCAAUCGUCAAUACAGCAUUACAUCGACAGCCUCUGGAUCUACCUAAGUCACCAUGCCUUGUACCAAACGGUGUACUUUGAGACGUGGUUUGUCGUUUUCUGCUACUCCCUCAUCGCCCUGGUGCCAGAGGCCAUGGCGAAGGUCUCCUACUUCUCACAGUACCGACUGGAGCGGAGUUUGGUCCUGCCUCGCCCCUCCAUUCCUGAACUCAUGACCGAAGGAACCCUGUACAUGCUACCGUUAGCUGCGCUCGACACAGUCAUUGUCAAAAGGUUCCCAGGAGUACAAGAAGACGUCCUAGAAAUGAAACGUCUUGACUGGAUCCAGAGAACGAGAGCACUACCCAAGAGCGCCCCCACGCUGGGACAGAUGGUAUGGCAGGUAGCGGCCGCACUCAUCAUCUAUGACGCAAUGUUCUACGUCAUACAUUACAGUGUACACAGGAACGCUUUUCUGUACAAGACUAUCCACGCGCACCACCACGACCACCCCGGAGGCCUGCACGGCCGCGUCACCAACCGUCUGACCGUGGCAGAACGUCUGGCCCUGGUCCUGUCUGCCAACUUCUCCCUCAGACUGGUGUCCGCACAUCCACUCAGCAGGACCGUCUUCAUCAUAGUCUUCAUAGGGCUGCUGGUGGAAAACCACGCAGGAUUUGACCUGCCUUGGAGCUAUGACAAGAUCAUUCCAUUUGGUGUCAUGGGAGGGGCAGCACGACACCACGCUCAUCACGUGUACGGAGCUCGUCAGUACCAACCCUUCUUUACCUACAUCGACAACUACAUGGAACAGUCCAAACAACAGCCCAGAGUAACACAUAACAACUUAUGAUGGCAGUGUUGUUAACAGGUUAUCCCAUUAAAACGUUAAGGGUGUUUUUUAAUCAUUUUGGAGUGUUCCUUUACUCCAAAUUUGUGGGCUUCUGAGGCUUCUUUCAUAUCCUUGACACACACAUUGACAACACGACAUUAGCUAGAUUAUUCUUAUGCCAUUUCUAACAAAGAGAAGAAGAGGUACGAAAUAGCAGUAGAAAUGUAAGAGUGAAAAACAAAACAGUCAAGAAAAUGCAGUCUUCGGAAAUAAUUAUUUUUAUAGUUUAAUAGAACUGCUAUAAUUUGGGAUCUAACUGUUGGCAACCACUCCAGAGAGUAUGGCGAGUCUACUGGA